UAAAAAACACCAGCACUGCCCAAAGCUCCUUGCUGCACAUUGAUGGCCAUUUGCACCCUAAGAGCAAACAUAUGCACCAAGAAACUUUAUUGUUAAAGGACUAAAUAUCUGAAACACUCAUUUUCUGUUGAUCACAUCUUGGCAAGGGGACUAACUAGGAGGAUGAAGAGCAAGAGCUGCAAUAACCCAGGCCUGGCCCUCCCUGUCACGAUGAUCUUCUCCCUGUGUUUGCAAACGAGUGCGAACCACACCGGUUACCCUCGGGUAAGAGAGGAAACCUGGAGUCCCAUCAGCCAGAACCUCAGUGGGAGCCAGAACACAACAGAAGCCAAUACAAAUUCUCCUCUGAGCAUCAAUUUCAGCAGCAAAGUAACUACUUUUGAAAUGCCAAGUACCCUGCAGUCCUUCUCCUCCACAAUGGUCCCAAAUCCAACCUCUUCCCCUGCCACAAGUGCAGUUUCUGCCGCUGGAGGACCCAGGAAUACCAGCACACCCAAGGGUCCAGCGACCAAGGAAACAUGUGAAGACAACAAGUCUCUUGUAGUGAUUUGCUUCAUUAUCAUUGCAGUCCUUGUGCUUAUCUGCACCUUCCUAUUUCUGUCAACAGUUGUAAUAGCAAAUAAACUGUCCUAUCUCAAAAAAACUCAGCAGGGGAAGCGCAGGCCCAGGAGCAACGGUGACGUUGUGGCCACCACCAGCUUAUGGCCAACAGCAGCAGGAACGUGGCAGAGGGUGCCCAGGGAGCCAGCUGGAACCCAGCUGGUAAUGCAGGACUUGCUAGCAGGGAGUGACACGAGGAACAGAAGGAAAACUGAAGGUGAAACUACUGAGAAACUCACUACAGCAACAGAUAAUGCCCAGGAAAACAAAGAUACAUCCCAGUCACACAAACCCAUUUUAACCAAUUUUGUAGUUGAGAUUUAAUUCACACUUGGGUAAAAAAAAAAAUCACCUUUUGCCCUUUCUACAUCAGUAAUGUAAGGUAAAAACUCAGCUUUUAAGGAACAACAUGAAUUUUCCCCCAGGGAAAGCUAAAUUCAGAUUUUAGGUAUUAUUUAUGCCAAUGGGAAUGCUGCAGCCACGUGUGGAUCCGGGAAGGAAUGAGAUUGUGUUCAAUAGCUUUCUGUACGGAGUGGCACGACUGGUUUUACUCCUUUGAUCAGAAAUCACUGUGACAGGAGCUGAACAGGAUAGACAAAGGGACAGAAUCUGCCCACACUCAAAGACCAUGAGGGGGAAGAAGAGAACAGACUGUUAGUCUGAUAAACACACCCCAGCAGCCAACACUGCACAGGUAUAACCAAGAUGGGUUUUUAGGAAAACCAUACAUCAGUCACAACUUCAACCACCAAAUCAGGAUCUAGUCCCUCUCAAAAUGCCCUUUUGGGUUUUCCCAUCAAGAACUUCUUAAAACAGCUUAAUCUCUUUGGAACCAGACUGAGAUUCAAACAUAUUUAUUGUGUUUCCAUGCUGUGUAUGAAGAGCUGAAGUUUGUACUAUUUGUUAGAAUAUGAGAACUGUUUCAA